UCAUUCGUUCGCAGUAUCUAGCAGUAUCGGAGCGUCUGCAGUGUCAGCAGGGUGCCUGGAGAAGAAAACUGUGCGAUUUGUCGGCUUUGACUUCUGUCUGGGAUUUCCCUCGCGCGAUUGGGGCGGUGCAAAUGGUCCAGAUGGAAAGAUCUAACAGUAAAGAGUUUCAACGUCGAGUUCUGAGUGUGGCCCCAGUCAUGGAGAAACAUUUAGAUUCAUUAAAGACUGAUUUCAGAACAGAAAUUGAUUCCAACAGGCGUCUUGAAAGUAUAAACACAUUUGACGAACUAAUUGCUGUGCUUGUUAAGAGAAAUUUUAUUGAUGAUAGUGACAUGAAGACUUGGACAAAACUUAACCCAAAGUUUCAGAAAUAUGAACAGAUUUUAUUUCAUGAAGACAAUGGUUUUUCUGUUCGUCCACAAAAUCACCUCAGAGCUCGCCAACAUAUCUGCCUGACAGAUGAUGUUAUUGUUUAUUUGUCAUCACGCAUCACCCAUUCCUGGAGAAAUUUUGGCAGAAAUUUGGGACUUACACAGAAACAUAUUGAUGAAAUUGAGAAGAAAUAUGAUACAGACUACCCUCAAUGUGUUAGAGAGGUUUUGCAAAUUUAUGAGGAGAACCAAGCUUGGAUGUCAAAAUCAAAUGGUAAUCCACUUGAGGAUAUCAUGAAAACAUUUGAAUUGAUAAAUCGUGGCUACUUAAUACCGGAAUUUACAAGAUUAACCGGCUUCAACCAACUCAACCCAAGAUAAUCACAACAACCAGAUUUUAAAGUAUAAGGAGGCAAGGAAACAAAGCGUUCAAUUAUCAACAAUUUUAUAGUAUGUAACUUUAAUCAACGGUAAAUGUUUAUGUACUUCAA